GAUUAAGACAGAAAUAAAUUAAUUUGUUUCAUGUCCUGUUUUCAACAAGUAAAACAAAAAAUUUCAUUUAACCAUCCAAUGAACCUUAAAUAAUUGGGUUUCUCUUUUUGCUGAUCAAAAUUACGAUCAGUACAAUAAUCUUAAAUCUUUUUAUCAUAUCAAGUAAACUUUUCAAUUGUUGAGUGAAAUCAGUUUGAUCAUCAUCAAAUAGUCAGUACAUUUCGAGCGAGCAACAAUUUAAUUCAUCAGAUCAGAAGAUAGAGUCAUGAGCUUUUGAUAGUGAAAGUGAUUCGAUUGCUGAUAAAGUGUUGAAUCAACUCGAAUAGCAAAACAAAACGAUGGUCAAAUUAAUCAAGCUAAUAGUAGUCCAAGUGACGGUAGUGUCACAAUUAAUUUUUAUAAGUGAAGCUGGAAUCGCUGGUCUCAUUGCUUCAGCUGCUUUAAUGUCAAUGUUCAGGCCUAAAGUGAUACCAAUUCCUUUGCCAUUGCCAGUCCCGGUACCAGUUCCAGUUCCAAUCCGAUCAAAAUCACCUCUAAAUCCAUUCAACACGGAUCACUCAACUUCAAACAACCAUAAUAAUCCAUAUCAAAAUCUUCCAUAUUCCCAACAAUAUAUUCCAUCAUCGAUAUCCUCUCCGAUGACCUCUCAAAUGACAUUACCAUAUUUACACCAUUUUCAUUCACCUUUUACCUCGUUUCCUCAUCAUAUGCCUCCUCAGAUUCCUUAUCAUCAUUCUCAUCAUUCAAUGGGACAUCUAAUGACAUCUCAUCCAAUGGCUCAACGUAUGAUUUUACCAAUUGGAAUGUUACCUCAACCAGCAUCAGCAUAUUAUCAUGACCAUCAUCCUGCCUACUACCGACCACAUCCGUUCUUUGAUCAUCCAGUAUAUCAUCAAAAUCAUGCUAAUCCAACACUUUAUCCGGAUCCAUUUGUAGUUUACGUUUGAAAUCAUACAAGCUGUUUGAGCCACAGAAUACAGUUUUACUUUGUAGUUGAAUGAAGUUCCUAAUUUUAUACUUGAUUGAAUCUUACAAUAAAUUUAAAUACUUACCGGAAAAACUGUA